AUGAAUCAAAUACUUAAUAUUUAAUUAGAUAAUAAGUCCUAAAUAGGAAGAGGUCAACUUGGUGGUACUUAUAAGGUUUUGAAUGAAUAAACAAAAGGCUUAAACUAAGAUAAAGUAGUCAAAGUAAUAUUAAAAAACCCUUAAGUUCCUAAAUAAUUGUUAACUAGAAAGGAAAAACUUAGGUUUGCAUUUAAUUUUGAGAACCUGAAAAAUAUUAAUCAUUAAAAUUGUGUGAAAAUUUUAGAUUACUAAGAAGUUAAUGGUUAUGCUACAAUUUUGAUGAAAAAAUAUGAUUACAAUCUAAAAACAUUUUCACAAUAGAGGAAUUAUGAUUUCGAAAUAUAUGAAUAUUUACUUUUAUUAAACUAAGUUACAAGUGCCUAUUUAAUGUUAAUAGAAUUAGGAAUUAAAUAUGGAAGAUUUAAAUCUCAAAAUAUUCUAGUUUCUCAAAUAUAAAAAGGAAAAGUGGUAUAUUAUUUAGCUGAUUAUGGUUUCGAAAUGAUUGAUAAAGAUAAGAGUGUAACUAAUCUAAAUUUUUAAGUUCCAUCUGUUGAUGCUAAUGAAGCAUAAGAUGAUAUGUAUCAAGUAUGUAAAAGAAUCACUUAUCUAGUUUGGAAUUUGUAUUGCAUAGAUGGGAAUUAAUUAUACAAUAAGGUACAAAAAUUAAUUGGAAUAUUUCCAUAAUUUAUUAAAUUAUAAACCAGGAUACUAAUAAGUUCUAUUUGAGGAUUUAUUAAAUUAAGGUUUUAAUUUUAACUAACUAUCAUAAGAAAACUACAAAUUACCUCCAUUAAUAGCAUUUAUAUUAAAUUCAAUGAUAGUCCAUAAUCCUUCUAGUAGAAUAACAUGGAUAGAAUUAAUGUAAUUACUCUAACUCAUUAGAUCAGCAAAUCCUCAAAUUUUGAAUUUUAAAUUUUAUACAACACUAAACUCUUAAAGAUGGGAAAUCAUUAAUGGAAUUAAGAAUCUUAAUUAAAUUGCACGACCAUUUGGUAUUAAUUUAAUAAUAUUUUGAGAAAAAUAGUAUGAAAAAACUAAAAUUCUAUAGGUGUAGCAGGAAAAAGGAUAGUAAUAAAUAUUUUAGAAUCUUUAGAAGCCGAAUUUGA